UCUUGUUUCAGGAUCCUAGAUAAUAUCAAUCAGACUUAGAGUACCUCUUGUUUCAGGAUCCUAGAUAAUAUCAAUCAGACUUAGAGUACCUCUUCUUUUACUUUCCCUUUGUAUGCUCUUAUAUCUAGACUCACGCAAGCUAUACCUUAGUUAUGAUUUACAGUCUAUGUCCGUCGACUAAUACUACCUGAAUAUUAAUAUAGAGGAUACCUGUUACAAUAAAAUGAUUAUUAUGUCCAAACCAUCAUAUUGUCUUUAGUGUAGAAACUAGACUUGUUCCCCUAGAUUGGGAGUGUCAGAGGCGUUCUCUCCCCGAGGGUUUUGGGUCUAGUUUCUACUUUUUAUUCAAUGUUUGCAGUUCACACAGUUGUACACGUUAUUACAGUUUCUUCUUUGUCCUUGUUCUAUAACAUCAAACAUCAUCAAAACACUUACUACUAUUAAUGCCUUAUAUGUAUUACAACAAGCAGUUAAUUACCUUUAAUGUAGGUUGACCUGGUUAGUCCCCAAAGAGUAUGUUCUUCUACUCACAAUUGCUCCAGAGGCUUAUCCAAUCACUCAGUAUCUGUUUCUCCUACUAGAAGUUUGUACUAUGAUUUACUGAAGAGAACGGUUUGAGACAAAUAAAACUUAUAACACCACUGACUCUGUUUAUCCACUCUGGUUAGGAGGUGGAUGUAUUCAGCACGAGGAGUGUGGAGGGUAGUUGUCUCAGUAUGUCUCGUUCAGAAGUCAAGAGAUACAAUUGUUCCAGAGUAUGAAAGUCAGAUAUGACCUUUUAGGUUGAUGAUAGUUGAAGUGUCACGACCUGUCUGUCGGUGAUAAGUCAAGUAGCACUAUCAUGGUAUCACUAUCAUGCCCUCUUAAGGAAGGCACUCUCCUUAUAUCCUCUUUUCGGGACCAGGUCAGCUUUAGCGCUGAGUCACAUUCUAACCUUGUGGCGAGCUAUUUCUGUAAAGGGUCAGUUUGACAUGUUACUGUGAAACAUUACUAAUGACAGAUGCUUCCUCGAUCCCCAACUCCUGCAUCAGUUUAACCCAUUCGACUUCUAGUCUAUCUCUUCCUCGUUCCGUCGAUGACCCGCUCUCUCCCCCUUCUGGGGGCGGUGCCCGAAUGCAAGGCAUCUCCUCGGGCCAGCUCUCCGGCCCCCACUCAAGAGGUGGAGCCGGUGGUGACGGUGUGUGCUGAUCCAGCGAAGGAUGUGUCCUCAGAGCCCCUUUCUGUGCUUCCGCAUCAGUCCUUAAAAACACACAACACUGACAGUUUCAGCUAUGUACCUGUCUAACAUCUGUGUAACAUCAGUUCACUUGUGCUGAGGUGGGAGGGGUGGCAAUAUUGGAGGUGUGUCCUUAACAACACUGACAGGUUCAUGCAGCUCUAAAAGGAACGUUUCAGACCCACAAACAGCAGGUCUCCUUGGUAACACAGUUGGUUCAGAGAGUGGAACCACAACCUAUCCAGCCAUGACACACAGUGUCCAUGGUAGAGAGAUGUUCAUUUUGUGUUGGUGAAUCUGGUAUUUACAAACAGCCUACCCUACUCCUAAAUCCUGGCUGGUUUAACAGCAUCACAUAGGUGUCUUUUCAUCCUGGCCAUUAGCCCAGUAGCCUAAUAAUAAAGGGGUUUUAAAUGGUCUAAUGAGAGUGCCUUGAAAUAUUAGCCUUAAUGUUUUUUCAUUAUUCACAAUUCAGCAUACUUCAUUUUCCUCGUUUUGAGUAAGAUUUCCAGUCACAUGUCACAGUUCUUCCAUGGCCUGCAUACACACCAGACAUGUCACUCGUUGAACAUGUCUGGGAUGCUCUGGAUCGAUGUGUAUGACAGCUUGUUCAAGUUCUCGCCAAUAUCCAGCGACUUCAUACAGCCAUUGAGGAGGAGUGGAACAACGUUCCACAGGCCACAAUCAACAUCCUAAUCAACUCUAUGCGAAGGAGAUGUUGCUCUGCAUGAGGCAAAUGGUGGUCACACCAGAUACUGACUGGUUUUCUGAUCCACACUCCUACCUUUUCUUAAAGGUUUCUGUGACCAACCGAUGCAUAUCUGUUUUCCCAGUCAUGUGAAAUCCAUAGAUUAGGGCCGAAUGAAUGUUUUUCAGUCUACUGAUUUCCUUUUAUGAGUAUAAUUUUAGAAAUUAUUGCUUCUACCAUUUAUAUUUUUGUUCAGUGUAUUAAAGUAAGGUACCUAAUUGUUACCCAGUAAAUGGUUUGAUAUUGAUAUCAAAACUGCUGCAUUAGGCCUUUAAACAAGUCUUUCAAAAACCAUUUCAAUGCUGUUCCUGAUUCUAAUCCCAUAUCUGUUCAUAUUCCCACAGGAGAGAUCUCCAACCCAGGUUCAGACAGUGAGCCCAGUUCCACAGCAUCAGGAAACCAUAAACACAGACAGAGGAAAUCCAGACAGAAACAUCACCACUGCAUGGACUGCUUCACUAGUUUCUAUGAGCCAGAGGAGUUGAGAAGGCACACUUGUAGGCCCCACCCCUGCUCAGAUUGCAGAGGCAGCUUUAUUUGUCCAAUUCACCUCAAAUCAAAACAGACUCAAAAAAGGAUUAUGACAUACCCGUGUGGUCAAUGUGAGAAGAUAUGUGAAACACCAAGCAAACUCAAGACGCACCAGAUAACUCACACAGGAGAGAAGCCAUACCACUGCACCAUUUGUGGAAAGGGUUGCAGUCAUUCGGAUCAACUAAAGACACACCAGAGAACUCACACAGGAGAGAAGCCUUACCAUUGCUCCCAAUGUGGAAAGAGUUUCAGUCAGUUAUCUACUCUGAGAAAACACCACCUAACUCACACAGGAGAGAAGCCUUACCUCUGCUCUCAUUGUGGGAAGAGUUUCCGUCAGUUAGCCAACCUAAAUGCACACCAGUUAAUUCACACAGGAGAGAAGCCAUACCACUGCUCUCAGUGUGGGAAGGAUUUCAGACAUCCAAGAGACUUAAAGUCGCACCAGAGAACUCACACAGGAGAGAAGCCUUACCACUGCUCUCAAUGUGGAAAGAGUUUCAGUCAGUUGUCAACUCUGAAAAAACACCAGCUAACUCACACAGGAGAGAAGCCUUACCUCUGCUCUCAAUGUGGGAAGAGUUUCAGCAGGUUAUGUGAAAUGAAGGCACACCAGAUAACUCACACAGGAGAGAAGCCUUACCACUGCUCUCAAUGUGGGGAUAGUUUCACCAGUUUAUAUUUCCAAAAGAAACACCAGCUGAUUCACACAGGAAAAAAGUCAUUUCACUGCUCCCAGUGUGGGAACAGUUUUAGUCAAUCAUCAACUCUGAAGACACACCAGAUAACUCACACAGGAGAGAAGGCCUUCCACUGCUCUCAGUGUGGGAAGAGUUUCAGUCAUUUAUCAACUCUGAAGACUCAUCAGAUAACUCACACAGGAGAUAAGCCUCACGCCUGCUCUCAGUGUGGGAAGAGUUUCAGUCUGGUAGGAAACCUUAAGCGACACCAGCUAUCCCACACAGUAGAGAAGCCUUACUGUUGCUCUCAUUGUGGGAAGAGUUUCAGUCAAUCAUCAGCUUUAAAGAAACACCAGAGAACUCACACAGGAUAAAAGCUGGGUCAUUAAAUCUGAAGACACCAGUUUGCUCACAUAGGGGAUAAGCCUUAACUCUACUAUCAAUGUGGGGGUAGUUUCACCAGUUUAUAUUUCCCCCCCCCCAAAAAAAAAACAGCUGUGGAAAGGUUCUGUAAUGAAUAAAAUGUUCUGUUUGCAUCUUAUCUUUGGUGUCCUAAACUGGUACUUGGUGCAUCUAAGUUUGACUGUGACCUCUCCAGCUUGCUGACAAUAAAGGGUGAUUCAUUUUAAUAUUGA